AUGCCACCAAACCCAUUUCCACCACCCACCGCCACCAUCCACCCCAAACGCAACGACUACUCGGGCCCCAACCUCAGCGUCCUCAUCCCCGUGCUCAUCAUCCUCACAAUCAUAGGACUCGCUUUCUUCGGGUGGCUCGGACUGCCCUGGCCCAAAAUCAUGGCCUGGUGGAAGCGCAAACGCAGCAACACCAACCCCAACCCGCCCAAAGACACCGCCGACCAGGAACUCGACGACCAUCGACCCUCGGGCACGUCGUCGCGCGCCGAACCACAGCCCGGCUCGGGGUUGUCGUACGCGAAAGCCUUUGAGCGCAGCCACAUUGAUGCGCUGAAGCUCUCCGGCGAGAGGAGGAAGAAGGAGAACAAGAAGAAACCGGCGGAGGGAACGGCGAGGGUAUCGGAUGUGGGUGCGAGUGGUUCUUUGACGCCGGACUUGGCGUCGGGGCAGAUGACGCCCGGGCAGCAGAGUACGCUUAGUGCUGUGCCGGAGAGGAGGGCUUCGCCUUGGGAUCCGACGAGGACGAGGGAUUAG